UGGACGGGUGAAAUUGGAAAGUCAAGCCAUGGGGCAGUCGCAGCAGACGGAGAACAGCGAGGUGAUCGAUGUCAAGUCCAUUCAGGAGAUGUAUAAAAAGUUCGUCAUGGAGUGCCCGAGUGGACUGCUCUUUCUUCACGAGUUCAAGCGUUUCUUCGGAGUGGACCCAACAGGAGAGGCGUCCGAAUACGCGGAGAACAUGUUCCGGGCGUUCGACACCAAUGGGGACAACACUAUUGAUUUCCUUGAGUUUGUGGCGGCCUUAAAUCUUGUUUUCCGGGGAGACCUGGAGCAUAAACUGCGUUGGUCCUUCAAGGUGUACGACAAAGACAGCAAUGGCUUUGUGGACAGAACCGAGCUGCGGUCAAUUAUGGAUAGUAUCUAUAGGUGUAAAAUAGGUUCGAAGGCCGACGCGACCGAAGCGCAGCUCACAGUAGACGAGGUUGUGGAUCGGAUAUUAGCAGCGGUCGAUAGCGAUGGAGACGGCAACAUCACCAUGGAGGAGUUUCUGAGAGGCGCCCAGCAGGACCCGUGGGUGAUGAACAUGGUGAAGCUGGACAUGAACCCUGCAGGCUGGGUGCUGGAGCACCGGAGACGGAGCGCUCACUUCUGAAGUGGACUUCACACGAGGACAGUGGA